AUGCAUCUCGUGCGCACUUUUAGUUGUUAUUCUUUGCUGUUACGUGGUUGGGCUCUUCAUCGACGAUGUAAAGACGCGUUUCUUCAUGGGGACUUGAAGGAGGAAGUUUACAUGACUCCUCCUCCCGGCCUUGGUGCCUUGAGUCUGCAUUUGUCGUCUUCGGCGCGCUCUUUAUGGCCUCAAACAGGCUCCAUGGGCCUGACCAUUCUUCUUCUAUAUGUAGAUGAUAUGCUCAUUACCGGUGAUGAUUCUGCUCACAUUACCUUUGUGAAACAGAAGUUAUGUGAGACUUUCUUGAUGACUGAUUUAGGUCCACUUCGUUAUUUCUUGGGUAUCGAGAUUACUUCUCAUCCUGAUGGAUACCGUCUAUCUCAGCAGCGUUAUACUCACGACCUAUUUGCUCGCUCUGCUUUGACUGAUACCCGUAUUGCUGCUACACCGAUGGAGUUACAUUUGCAGCUUCGUGCUUCUGAUGGCAUUCUCUUAUCUGAUCCUUCUCACUAUAGACAUCUGGUUGGCAGUUUGGUUUACUUAGCCGUCACCCGUCCAGAUAUUUCCCAUGCAGUUCACAUCCUCAGUCAGUUUGUUGCGGCACCCACUUCUAUUCAUUAUGCUCAUCUUAUUCGGGCCUAUUCUAAUGCUACCUGGGCCAGUUCUCCUGAUAAUCGAGUCUCUAUCACUGGCUACUAUAUCUUUCUUGGUUCUUCUCUUGUUGUUUGGAAGACCAAGAAACAGCCUACUGUUGCCAAGUUUAGUGCUGAGGCUGAGGUUCGUGCAUUGGCUUCUACCGUCCAGGAGGUGCUUUGGCUGCGUUCGAUUCUACAGGACUUUGGUGUACCGAUGACAUCUCUCAUUCCUAUUCAUUGUGACAGUACUGGCGCCCUUCAGAUUGCUGCAAAUCCAGUUAAACAUGAGUUGACCAAACAUAUUGGUGUGGAUGCACACUUCACCCGAUGCCAUGUACGUGCCCAGACUGUAUCACUUCACUAUCUUCCUACAGAGGUUCAGGUGGCUGAUUUUUUUACCAAGGCGCAAACACGUGAUCAGCAUUUAUUCAUGUUGUCCAAACUCAAGACGUACGAUCCGCCUUGA